AUGACUUUUUUUAUUGACGUCAACUUUGUUUCGCAGGCGAUAAUAUUUGCCAUCAAUGUGCUGGUGUUUCUACGUUUCUUCUACAAAUACAGAUACUCAUCUGAGUAUCGAUAUUUGUACACCAUGUUAGGGGGUAAGUGCUGUUGUAAUUAAUACAAAUUAUUAUUUAUUUAAAAUAUUUCAUAAAUUUCUGACUGGCAUGAAUGUUCCAGCUAAUGCGUCAUAACCAGGUGACGUUAACCAUGAUUUGGAAGAUGUCUGCCUUUAUCAAUGUCCAGUUUGACAUACAGAUAAGUGGUGUGAUGGGUCAGCUUUUUUUAGUAGUGCAUUAUGAAAAGCUGGAUAAUCCAUGGCGGGCAUGCAGAUUUGAAUAAACAAAUAAAGAAUCCUUGACUGUGCUCUGUUUUUGUUGUAAAGCACACAAGAAGCGGCUAGAGCAGGAACGAAGAGUAGGGACAAACACUCGACUACUUCUCGUGUUUCUCCUUACUUUUUGAGUUUUCUAGCCGCUUCCCAGCUAAGAGAUUUGCAACACAACAAAGCACAGUCAAAGGCUUCUUUAUUUGUUUUAUAACUUUUGAUGAUAAAGAAUCCGUUAAUUUCCCAUGCAUCACUUUUUAAUUUUCAAAGCAAACGUUAUUAUCAAAGCGAAGCAUGUUUUAGCACGCUUAAGCCAAUCACAAUCAUUCCGUUUUAAUUUAGAAUUGGCCACUGAAUGAUUUGAUUGGUUGAAUAAUUAAAAAGCUGUCAAAGCUGUUAAAUGCUAUCACAAUGGAAAACGAGCGAAACGUUCUGUGAAGUCGAAUGCAUAAGAAUGUACUUUUGACGUCCAAAAAUCAGGUAAAAUGCUCAAAUAAAUCCGGCCAAAUUGUGGCUCAAAAAAACCCUGUUCGUUAUCAACAUGACAAUUUGAAAACAAACAGAUGGCGCGACAGCUUUAGCUUCGUGUUUUAUACUCUCAGAAGGCACGCUUUUCAACCAGUCAGUGUGCGCGUUAUAUCUAAACUUUAUUGUAAUGAAUACUAAAGCAAUUGUUGGAUUCGUCUUUCUUAUGAUUUGAAGAAUAAAGCAAUUCUCGGGUGUUAUCCGCAUUCUCAUAUCAUACCCAGUGUAAUCCACUGACUGCUACUAGUCCGCAACUGAGGCUCAGGCAGUAAAACUCUCAAUUUUUAUUAUUAUUUUUCUUUUUUUAUAGGAUAGCUUGUGUUGGUCGCGAGGUUCAGCCUCGGUUCUAUGCCUUAAUUGUUUCCUUGUGUUGCUUCCCAUGUGUCGCAAUACAUUGGCGCUAAUCAGGGCUAAGGUGAGUUCAAAGCCUUUUACAGACGUUCUUACCUCUGAUGCUCACUACUAGACGACUUCGUCACACUAAUUACAGCCGAAAAUCAUCAUCAUCAUCAUUAUCAUUAUCAGCAGUAGCAGCAUUCUCGUUUUAUUUGAUAGAGCAGGUUAUAUACAUGUAUUUAAGACCGAUGUAGCAACUUGAAGCACCUCCACACUACCAAACUACGCGAUAUGAUCAGCACCUAACGCAUGCACACAGCCAUAUAACAUGGGCAGUGGCGGUAAGCGUCCUUGUUUUAGAAACACUUGUGAAGGUAAACCACAAUAACAAACCAGUGAGGGUCAGUGAGGGUUAGCUGCUCAAAAUUCUAAAACUUGGUCCUUGUUUUAAUCUGACGUUUGGUUGUUACUUUGUUGAUCAAAAUUUAAUUUGUCCUAAAUAUGGAUAUACUUGCAGGUUAUUGGCUGUGUAUUCAGACGCGUUUUGGACAGAAAUGUCUGGUUUCACAAGGCAUGCGCAAUUGGUAUCAUUGUGUCGACUGGUACGUUCUUGUCCCCAGAGCCACUCGGCUUAAUUUGUAACGAUCCUCGCUUCAAAAGACCAUAUGACCAGUAACCAGAUGAAACGACAGGCUCUGGGUUCCCUCCAGGAACCUCUUUUCUUCAACCAACAAAAAACUCAAGCAAUUGUCCAAGCUAAAUAUAUUUUUCUCUGUUAUCAGGUACUCACAUUGUAGCUCAUGUUAUAAAUGCCAAGAGAUUUUCCGUCAAUUACAGUUUAAAGUUCAGGGAUUUAAACUUUGCCUCCUAUCAUAACCAGGUAAGUUAGGCUGUAUUAAAGCGGAUAUCGCAGAGAAGUAAAACAAAUGAUCGACAAAUAGACCUACCAAUGAAUAACAACGCAGUGAGUGCUUAUGAAAAAAAUCACUAGCGAUCACUAUUAACUAACUUGACUCUAUCACCCAUCAGCUGACCCAUAAACAGCUUGUUCAUUAAUUAGUUAAUCAACUUCCUGGUUGUUGGUAUAUUCAGUUACUUAUUUAUUUAUUUAUUUAUUUUCAGGAGCCUUUAGAGCUAGUUUUUACCUCAGGUGAGUUUUUUUAUUUACACGUUCUCUCCUGAAAUUAUUUAGGUUGGGCUGGCGCACUUAGCUUUAUAAACGUGACAUAAUGUGAGUUACUUUUACAUGAAAACAAAGACCAAACUUAGAGGUUUUCUGGUUUAUGUACUGAGCUUGGUUCAAUAAAUCAUAACUUUUGAAGAUAUGGCUGCAAUAUUUUUUUACCAAACAGCACGCGAUCUCCUUACUUCGGGGUCACAUGACACCUUUGUGUUUCCCCCCAAUAGUCUCUAAGCAGAACAUUGCAAAAGUCUAUGACCUUAGUUGGCAAUAGUGCAAGUACCAGCGAAAGUUACCCUCGCGACGAGAUUUACUUUGAAUCAUAAAUUUGUACACGUGGAGGUUUUUCUUGAUGGGCUUCAUUUAGUGAUUUGACCCUGGAGAAAUUAGUAAAUUUAGUUGUUUCCCUUGAGUCGUCUCGAAGUGCUAUUUACUAUUGAAACAAAAGCUUGACCAACUUUACCAAUAAAACGGAAUGGGCAGCAACGACACAGCUCGUUAGAGUCUAAUCACUUUAUGAAAUUUAUAUCGCAUAUCCUUUUCAGUUGCAGGAUUAACAGGAUUAUUAAUGGUGAUAGUCCUUCUUUCUAUGGUACGUAUAAUGUAAUAACCCUCUGAAGCAUUAAUUUUAAACAAUAUUAGUAUAAUUAAAUUGAUGAUUGUCGAAAAUAGAGCGCUAUGUUUCAGAGUGGAAAUUGAUCAAUAAUUUUAUUUUGUCGAAUAAUCAUCAAUGUAAUUAUACUAAAACAAUUAGUCGCCUCAGGAGACGUGAAUAUCGUCGAAUAGUCACCUCGACUUUGUCUCGGUGACUAUUCGCCAAUAUUGACGUCGCCUCAGGCGACUAAUUGUUUAUGUAAAUGUUUUUGGCAGAAAGUCAAUGGCAUUCUUCCAAUCAUUCAGCCUGCGUAUCUGUUAUUAGUCAGCUAGUCAGCCUGUCAGUCAUUCAAUCAGUCAGUUGUUACUCAUUAAAGUAUAGACAAUCAUUACAAUAUCAUGUUUCCAAAGUACUUCUCCGUUGAAGGAAUCAAUGAAUUCUCCCCGACGCACUUGCUUUUUCAUUUGGUUUUCGCACUCCGUUUUCGCGGUCAGUAGUCUGUCAGUCAGAGAGUUUUCCCGGCAAUACCACCAGGUUAGUCAGAGAAAGGAGGGCAGUUGGUCCUUUCAUCAAUUCGCAUUCCCCACUUUUUUCCAUGCAAAGUGUAAUUAGUGCUGACCCUUGGUACUGUUAAAUCGAUCAAUUCAAGGGCUGAUUAAUAGAGCACUAUAGGAUGUAAUUUGCUGGUAAUUCUCGUAUAAUCUGUUACCUUGUAAUAGUAAUGACAGUAACCUUCUUUAUUAUACGGAUGAAUCCACAAGCAGACAAGCGAAUCGUGCGUUCUGAUUGGCUAACCGAGUGGGUAAGAUGGGUCCAUCUUCCCCGCUCGGAUUUCCCGCGUUGGUCCCGCAAGAAAAAGUUAUCUUUUUGGCCGUAUUAUAGCUUGUGCAAGGAUCUCAGAGAGUAUAAUGGGGACGUAUUAAAUCGAGCAACGCGAAAAUAAGACACGCGCAAUUUGGGAAAGGUCUCUCCCCAGCCCCCGCUCGUUUUUUGCAUUUCUUUUAUUGAACGACUUUUCACCACUAUCUCGGAGCCUGGAACAGGCUAGCCAUCAAAUCCCUUAUAGAGCAAGCUUGUUUGGUGAAGAUGGCUGUAUAUUGGUGAAAGAGAAAUUGGCCAAUAUCCAGCCAUCUUCACCGAACACGACUUUGUCAAUAACGCAUAUUUAUUGUUACAAUUUUACAGAUUGUGACAUCAACGCCUGCUGUUAGGUGAGCGUAAGAAUCUAUAUUAGUUUUGUAACUUGUUGACUAGAUCUCAGUCUUUUAACCAAUGUGUUAUUUUUGAGAAAACCGUAAAAGGAUUGAAUGCAUGAUUACUUGCCUGAUCUGAAAGGCGUAAAUAUUUAAGCAGAGACAAAACACACAUACGUCAGGCUAGCCAUGUAAUAAUGUGUAACUUUUAUUUGAUUUAUAGGCGGGUAUCGUAUGAGAUAUUUUGGUACACCCAUCAUCUGUUUAUCGUGUUCUUUUUGCUGCUGUUUGUCCAUGGUUUUGGGUAGGUUAACAUCAGUAACUAUUGUGUCGCGAAUGAAAUAGUGGUGUUCUUCUGGACUUUGAGAUUAACGUGCAUGCGCAUUUGUUAGUUACCGUACACGUGGCUUUAUGCGCCUAUCAAUGGUUUGCCUUAGGAUGUGGUGGGGGAGGGGUGGGGGGGAGCGGCAACUUACAGGAAAUUUGACUUUUUCAGGUUUUUCAAUGUCAAUUUUCCCACCCUUGCUCUCCAUUAUGAGUCAAAUUUCCGCCCCUGGGGCGAACUUAUGAUAGGCACUUAUAACAAUUAAUUGCGGCACUCAGCGUCUCCAGAGAGUAAUUACUUGGUGACAUAUGGUGACACCCACAAACUUUGUGCAUUUCCCCAAGUGAAGAAGACAUAUUCUGGUUAGAUAUUUAGCGUGGAUGGCAAUUUAACACACAUACUAUACUCCCGUAAGUACCUGUGAAUUGUUUCACAUAGUAUUUACAGCAAUACAAAAUGUGCAAUGUCAGAACAUGUCAUCAAGAAAGGUUAAUGCCUAGGGACUGAUGUUUGUAAUUGAGGUCCAGAAUUACUUUCAAUUGGACAUUUAGAGUAUGCUAGCGAAUCUAACACAGAAUUCCAGGACUUUUUCAUGUCUGUACAUGUGAUUUUUUUAUCUUUCGCUUUAUUGAAAACUUGUGGCAGAGCAGUAUCUAGUGAAAACCUGUAAGUAGAAAGCAUGUUUUGAUAUGAGGUUUUGUGCCAAUAUUUCUUCUCAAAGCUGCUUUGUCAUAAAACUUCAUAGAUAGAUCACUGAUUGGUGUUAGAAACAACAUUUUUUGUUUAAAAAGCAACAAGAUACUCCUAACUUUCGUUCUGCCAUCACUCACGAAGAAAAAAAUAAGUCGAAACGCGGGAAACUUAUCCAAAUGACAACUGGGUAUUUUCUAAGAUGGCGGACAACUUAUUACUCAUUCCCAGGUCCCCUCCACUAUCCAAGAUGGCGGCGGAGUCAAAUUUUCCACCCUGGGGACAUUCAGGAUGUCAAAUUCUCUACCUCCGUGCACUUCACUAAGUUAAAUUCCAAUGCAUUGGUUCCCCCCCCCGCCCCUUUCCGGGGCGAACUAUUGAUAUGAGCACUAGUCAUUUCUGUCGCUCAACCAUUUCUGUGCCAUGCUGAUAUUUACUGAGGUUUUUGAGGAUUCUUACUGACCGAGAACCCGGAAGAACGGAUUAUUUGUUUUAUUUCUAGACGGAAUCAGUUUUAACAUUUUAUUCUUUAACGUGGAUCGUAUUAUUUUGCGUCCAAUUAGCGAUGAUAGGAGCUAUACUACCUAUAAAGUAAUGUAUUUAGAAAUUCUGUAACUAAUAGGCUAUUUUUUUGUUUUAAGGAGAGUUAUAAAGCGUCAAGUCAACCUGGAAUUACACUCUCCCGGAUGUAAACUAACAAAGAGUAAUAACAUUAGUGGUAACAACAGUAAUGUGACAUGGUGUUUUGAGGAUCCCGUAUUUAAAGCUGAUGAAGCAGAGGUAUUUCUUUCGGGCUGAUAAAUAAAUGAGCUUUGUUGAAAAGACCAGUGCUAAAUGUGACUCGGCUUUCGAAAACAAGCUGGGCAGAUAUUUAAAAUUAUGCAUCCAUUUAUAGUUUCUAGGGAGAUUUAGAAAGUUUGUUCAUGAUCAAAUGAAACAAAUUUUUCAAAGAAAGGAGAUUAAGCCUGCUUGAAAGAGAAAAAGGGAAUCUUGUAUUUGAUUGUAUAUUGUCAUGCUUUCAACCAGAUUUGAAAGCAUGGCGGAUAAAGUUCUGGUAACGUUAGGGUUACUGGCGGAAAUUUCAUAAGAGAAAUGCGUUUUCGUUGAGAGAAAAGUGGCACAUCCUGUUGUCUUCAAUACGGACCCAGUGGUGUAUCAAGAAGCAGAUUUGUGAUUUCUGCGCAUUCUCGUGAAACUCACUUAACUCUGUUAAUUAAAAUAACUCUCUGUGAACUUCAAAAGGAUUAAACUAUUUCUAAUGAGUUUUUUUUUGUCAUUUUCAGGCUUGGAAGUGGUGCAUAGUGCCUCUUUUCAUCUACAUAAUGGAGCGGCUCACUCGGACUUUUAGGAGUCUGCAGAACGUGGAUCUUCUUCAGGUGAUAAAAACAGAACGUCUCCGGCCGCUUUUGGGUCACGCGUUAAAAAUGACAUUCUCCCUCGUUUGAGUAAUCUUGUAACAAUCUAUUAUGUUUGUUAAUUACCUCUUAAAACUUUUUACAGGUUUUUCAACAUAGCGAUGGAGUCGUGGAAGUAAAAAUGAGCAAACGUAAUUUUAGUGCUGCUGCGGGACAGGUGAUGUCGUCACCAUCUAUCCAGGUGGUCUUCCUUGUCAGACAUCUAGAAUAUAUAGAUUUAUUUAAAAAAAAUUAUUGACGAGAAUCAUUUAUCACUUAAAAUAAUAUCGUUAAAAAUGAACUCUUGUUUUCAUACACGUUGUUUUUUUUUUAGUAUGUCUUUAUUAAAUGUUCAGAUGUGUCUGCAUUCGAGUGGCACCCGUUUACCCUGACUAAGGUGAGUAAAUCAGCUACUGUGGCUUUCAUUUUUUACUGGAAACAAUCAACUGUUGGACAAUCAUCAUGGGAUGAUGGUCUUGUUUGUGACCUUCACGUUUCAGGCUCUGUAUAAAACUAAUCAAACACCCUCGUCGAUUGUAGAGUUGCAACCGUCUUAGGUAAAGAGAACUACGACUACCAAAGAAAACGUUAAUCUUUUGCAACCUUACGGAACCUGAACAACCAAUCUUGACUUAUAAAAGUAAUCCAUACAAAGGACCGUUCUGGCCUUGCAGAAACCACAGCCGUUUAACUAAUGCGUUUUGGUGCGGGUAGGCUUUAAUUUUUAUUCUUUUUACAGUUCAUCUUUCUUGUAAAAGACUUGUACACAUUACUGUGAGCAAAGUGUUGGGUACACUGAUUCAACGUACCUCACUUACGUCUUAUUUCUGACUACAGUGUCCCGUGUCGGAUGAUCCCUCAUUUUCCAUUCACUGCAAGACUCUGGGAAAUUGGACGGGUAAGUACAAAAGCAAAGCGACUAAAAACAAACAAAAAACGUGAAAUUUUAAACGAUAGAUUGAUACUUAAUGACCCAGGAAGUCAGCUCUCACGGCUAGUUAUUCAUUGUACUUUUCCUAGAGAAAUUUACGGACUUAUUGCUUCAAGCGUCAGCAGAAGAAGACAAGAAAAGCUUCAAUUGUGGAAUAGAAAAUGGAAAAUCCUUUUCUAAUCUGACAUCCCAGAUAAAGUAGGUAGAGUGUAGCUUUUAAGUUAAACCCUUAUGGUUAUAAUGCAAAUCAACUCAGAACUAGCUAAGCAACAUGGAGGGGGACAUGGGGGUUUACGAUAUUGCGGUAUUGAGCUGUUUUUCAAGCGGUAUUUCAUCCUUCAUCCUUUUGUUAACGGUAUUCGGUAAGAGAAGAUCCUUCAUGGUGUUGCCGGCGGUACCAUUUAUUUGCACUCUCCUGUCUAAUACAGCGGGUUAAUAAAAUAUGCAGCACGAACCACAGUAAGCUGGAACAGGUUAAUAAAAGUUAAAGACUUUAGACUUAAUGGUAAUAACUGGGCUUUUCAAUCAUUGAACUGAUCAAUUCAAGGUCUUCUCAUGUUUUCUCGCAAUGUCUGAGGUUGAUUUCUGGUGAAUACAUGCUUGACGUGGCAAACACGUAGAGAACGUGACCAAUUAUACCUGCGGUAUCGGUAUUUCCCAAUUUUUCUUACGGUAUUGCGGUAUCAGGUACCCCCCAAUGCCCCCCUCAACAUGCAGCCGAUCAAAACACUCAAAACCUCUCACGUACACGUAAUUCAGUAUUCUUUAUGAUAAAUAACACCUUUUGCUAGCCUGAAUGGACGAGAUAUGUUAAGAAAAGCAAUGGCUGCAAUGGAACUUUUGAAAAUGGCCCAGGGGUUCGUGUCCGUGUAUAUCAGUCGUUCCCUUUGCUAAUGUAACUUAUAAAGAUUUUGCAAUAUAACAGCCUCUUAACUUGCUCUUGAAAACUUUUUAGCUUAUCAGCAGUGUAUCAGCUUAGUACCUUAAACGGAACUUACUGAACUGUUUUCCUCCCACCUGUCGCCAUUUAGAGUAGCGUUCUCCUUUAAAACAAACAAGGAAACAAAACAAAAUCUCUUUAUAGAUCUAACAGCAAUACGUAAUAAUUUUAAAAGUUUAUCUUUUUUCUUCUUCAUAUGGAACAAAAGAAUAGCCAUUGAUGGCCCUUACGGAAGCCCAUGCAUGGUAAGGUUACAGUACGGGACUAACGAGCUAAAUUUUCUAGAUCAACUUUUUUUCCCUGUUAACCUAUUUGCCUCUGGGAAUUUUGCCGAAAAAACGCGUUUUGAAGCUAGUUGGGUGUUUUUUUGUUGGUCGUCUUGCUGUAAAAAGCUAAAACGUACCACAAAGCUGUUUACAUGUCGUACACUUCUCGGCCUUCUGAUCCAGGUGCAAAAUAUUAACUUGGGAAGUCCGGGCACGCGCAGAAAACAAAUUUUCUUUUUCGGGUUUUAACAAAAAACAACAACACAGCGGUAUUGACUAUUUAUUUUCGCCUUCUCUCCUCCCCUCUUCUUUCGCUUUUUUUGCCACAUUAUUUUUUUUCUUUCGCUGGGCAUUUAGUGGCUUCAAUUUGGUAUGAAAAGUUUUCGAGAAAGUUCUUAGAAUCUUAGGAUCAGAUGAAAGGAAAGGUAGGUGGGUAUUGGAACAAGAUUUUCAUGGAAAUUUUAGGGCUCCUGUUUCGGGUCAAUGUUGAAUGGUUUUUUUGCCUUUUUGUCCAUGGUUUGAAAGAUCUCUUAAGUUAGCGGACUAAGUUGUCCUUGACCGUUAAAAAUGAUGACGCUACCAGCCGUAGAAGGAACGUGGAUCCGCACGGGCGGUUACGGGCGGCUCAGGGACGAAUGGGUAUAAACUAUUACUUUGACUUUCCUUUAAUGUACUAGGGCAUGCGGGUAGGGACACACCGUCAAUAGACUCAAUAUGGAGAAAGCGUCGUUCUCUGAGUUCGAAGAGGUCCUUACUCGAUCGCUUUCGGCCUGGGGGUUAUUUCAGUGAUGCCCCUUAAAAUGGUGAAAUCUCUAGUGGAUCAUUCUCUUCUAAACGAGUGCAACUAUUUGUAGGAUAUUUGGAGUUAUGAUGUCAGCGUGUGUAUAGCGACAGGGAUUGGUGUUACUCCGUUUGCUGCUAUCAUCAAUGAACUCAGGUAAGAUGUAGAAAGGUUCUCUCAGAGGUCGAGGCAGGCAUGUCCCUAGUUUGAAUUUCAAAACCCUCGCUUUGUUUCGCGUAUUGAGUGGAGGAAUUUUAACCUAAAAAAUACAUAAAUAAAUACCCUUAAUAAAUAAUGUGAUAAGUGGUAAGUAUAGUCUGCAAAUACAGCCAUUUUUUCUCGCUCCGCGUAAACUCGUCCCUAGCGGCGAGGAGCGAGGAGAGACGGCUGUAUUGGCAGGCUAUGAUCCUAAGGUUUUUUAACUUUUAAAGUGAUUAUCUCUGUUCUUUCAGCGCUUUCUUUGGUUGUUGUCUAUGAUGCACUUAACAAAUAGAUCAUGCUUCCGUACGUCUGUUCAUUUAAAUAUAUCACAGAUGAUGUUGAAAAAGUGGUAAGAACAAAAAAGUGUGUGUGCGUCACUGAUGACAAAUAUUAUUGUUGUUUUGUUCUUGGUCUUCAGAACAUUAACAUCUGCUGGUGGACGGCAUAUCAAGCUAAAGCGAUUGUAUUUUUUGUGGGUGUGUAAGCAUACUGAGUCCUUCCAGUGGUUUGUGGACCUUUUGCAUUCCCUUCAUAACGAGGUGAGAUUUUAUUGGCCAUCCUUGGGAGACAUAUAUGUUAUUCACCAGCUAUAGUAGGUUCGUAUUGGGGGAAUCUUGAGUACCGCCCAUGGGCACAGUUUCUCCCAGGGACUGACCCAGGCCGGUGAAUAACAUUUUUAUUUUUUUUCCACCUGAGAUUUAAAAGUUUCAGUUCUGGAAAACUUUGCUUCAGCCUCUAACCUAUGUGUGUUGAAGUAGGACGCGUUCGUGCAAAACAAAACAUUACAACAUGAUUUUUAUCUUGCAAUUUAUAUUAUCACAAUUAAGCUCUCUUCUAGAAUAAAGGUUUUUGUGUCUUGGUAGACAAUUCAUAAUAUGAGUGUCAACAAGAAUUGACGAACUUGAUGUUAAAUGCCACAGGAAAAAAAAAUACAGCAAAGAUUUUCUUUGGCUGAAUAAUUACCUUUUUUAAAUAAGGCUUUAUAAAAAGGGCUAAUUACACAUGAUACCAAUCUUAAGGAUUUGAAUUGAAUUCGACUAAAAGAAGGCGAUAUGGGUAACAAGUAUAAAAACAAAGAAAUGAAAAUGGCGAUAACCGACUGCUGGAAUUAUGAUUCGAGUUGUUCAUUUAAGUCUGAUUAAAAGCUAAAUCGGGAACAAUGACAACAACCUUAGUUCUGAAAAGUAGAAACCUAGCUAGGCAAAAUUCAAUGAAAAACGGCAGAAUCUAGAUUCAGACAGCAAAAAGGGAAAACAAAACUACAAACAGAGCAAAAAGGUCGAAUAAACAGUGCAUAAAAGCAAGAUUGCAGUAUUUACAGCGUAGGUUAUAAAUCUAGUGAAGCGACAUUAGGAGCCGCCUGUUUUGCUUUACUUUAGUGGUGUUCCUGCGGUGAGUGGGUGACUUGCUUGAUUCUUCCUUCAGAUUUUUUGUCUGACUUAUAAAAUUCACUUUUUCAUAGCUAAUGCUUAUAACAGCGCAAGUUUUAAAAGAGAAAUGGUUUAAAAAUCACGGGUUUUGCUCAUUCACAAACAACAAACAAACUUGCGAAUGAAGCUGCCAACGAUUCCAGCCGGGUUAGCGGGCAAGAUCGUGAAAAACUGCCCGCUCUCAGAACCAACCAGAUUGCAGGAUUUGGAGGAUUCCACCGGCUCGCAAGCUUAGAAAAAAAUAAAAAUAUUUCUUUAAGUCCAAAGAAAUGAGACUUUGCAUAUAUCAUAAACCUAAAGAGAAGAAAACUACAACAAAAAAAUGGCUUGCGUAUGCUGCAUGCGGCAAUUAUAGAUCUUCAUAAGUAAGUGGAAUAUGAUCGAUUCCGGGUGGGUAUAUUAGUGAAAACAACUGCCGUGGAAAGUUUCUGACGUUUGGAUAACCUGUGCAUUUUCAGUACUCAUCUUAAGAUUCACAAAAAGGUUGUAUCUCUCACCAACCACUUCAUCUCUGCUAGUCGAUCACUAGCACUGGUGUCAGCCGUAGUUUGACCGUGAUUGCAACCUUGUGUCGGUUAAUUGGUCAAAAACACGUGACGACUGAUCAAACCUAAAUGGAGAAACGCAUUAUUACAAACGCGGACUUUUGAAUAAGGUCUCGGAGCGAUAUACUGGAAGAGAUAAACUUACCAACGCUACGUGAUAGGUAGACGAUGUAUUGAAUAUGAUGAUGUGAUCACAUGGCCCUACCCGCAACCACGAGCCAUAAUGGGACUUAUUUCGAUUGCAUCGUUGACAUUAUAUCGUUGAUUAACCAUCACUUAGGUAUAUAAGGCAAACCACUGGAGCCUUCUGGUUAUCUUCGUAGUUUAUUGCAUACUAUUAAUUAACUGACGGUUCCUUCGUUAUCUUGUUUUACCACGUUCUUAAUCACGUGGUCAAAAUUGACGUUUGUCGGUUUGCCCGGGGUAAACGUCUGAUUCUAUAUUAAGAUGCGAGGACGGCGACGCCAGGGAAAACGUUGCUUGAACUUGAAAUUGAAUUCGCGUUCUUUCAAUAUUAAUGGCGAUUAUUCCGACUCACUUAUUUGGUCAAACGUAAGCCAACUCUCCUGGAGUUGAAUUCCUAAGAGCCUUAUCCAAGUUCAGAAAGAGAAAGAAAAUUUCGUUGUUGCUUGUUUACGUCCUCCAUAAAACGUGAAAUUACUCACUCCCUAAAUGUCUUCAUAGUCGUUCAGUGACGGCAAGGAAAUGUACAAAAAGCGUGCAAAAUUGUUUUGUUUAUUAAACCUGUUGCUUUAUUGGGACGGACCAUUAGGAAAGUUAUGGGGGGGAGGGGGGGGGGGUGAGGAAUAUUCGAGCCGCAGGAUUUUUUUUCGUUAUCACAUUCCUUGUAUGAAUUUCUUUUAGGCCAUAGCAUGAAUAUUUUUUAGGGUUAAUUGGCGUGCAGAAAUUUGUUUUUUUUUUCUUUUAAUCUCAUUUUCCCUCGCGCGAAGAUUUUGUUUGUACUUCGCCCCCCCCCUCAUAAGUUUUCUAAUGGUCCGUCCCUUUGAUGUUCGCGUUGCCGUCGCUGUCAUCGGACCUUCCACUAUCCGCCAUCAUCGUGUGCAAUCGUAAUGGACAGCCCAAAAAAAAGAUUCGUGCGUUUUCUGAAUAGUCAAGUAUGUGUGUUGUAUUCUCUUAUUUGCAGCUGUGGGAAAGUAACCGACCAGAUUUCCUGAUAUGCAACUUUUACGUUACUUGCUCCGGAUCACAGUUGAAUGAUCAGGUAAUGAAUGAGUUGGCAUUGGUGAUUUGAUGUUUACUUGGCUGUUUCAAAACGGAGAUUUACUUAAAUCGAAAGAGGUUUAGUUUAUGAGUAGAAGCUAAAACCAAAACAGUCGUAUUCUUGGAUUUUUGGGGGGUUCUGUAGUUGCCAACUGGUUUCCUUGCAGCUAAACGGUAACACGGGACAAAACACCUCGCUGAAGGGAAGCAUGAGAUGGCACCGCAGCUGACUCCUGCCUAGUCGACUCUAUUUGAAUCGCAAACAUGAACUCAACAGAUCGAACCCAUGCCAGUUCACAUCAUGAUUCUAUGUUCCAUUCCUUUCACGGGUUAAAGGGACAGGCUCACGGUUCAGCGCAUGCUUAUUUAUCAAAAUGCUGUUUUUCUGUCAGGACACGCAGUAUCGUUUAUGCAAGCAAUAAGAUCUUCUCGUCAUGAAAGCUGCGCAAUAUAAAUUCUUAAUUCUCUGAUCAUGUCAUAAUGUUAUCAAAGAACCAAUCUGCACACUCACCAGGCAAUCACUUGCACUUGAUCAACUGAAAUAUUUGCAAAUAGCUGUAAAUUAAUCAAACAUGGAAAUUAAAAACCUUCGGGUCAACAUUAAAUUCAAAGUUGGUACUGUGGGCAUAAUCCACUAAUUUUUCUGCGAUUUUAAUAAUGAUAAUAAUAAUGAACUUUAUUAAAGUCUCAGGCCUUAUAGCUCAGGCACAGUGACUUACUAAUUGGGGAGACUCCUCCAUCCUACUUCAGGUUACUCUGAAAUACCCGUCUACUUUGAAAUACUCUCUGAGAUCGCUGAGAUACAUGUGAGUGGGAUUAUUAACCGAUAGAAUUAAUAAUAAAUUGGAAAAAAGUAUUCUAAUUUAAGAGCAUGCGCUUUACCGUGAACCUGUACCUUUAAGAUGAACUCAACAAAUUGCCCUACUCCCAAUGUACGGGUUUUCAUAGCUCCACUGGUUGGAGCACUGCAGCGCUAACGAGCAGAGGCUUCAGGUUCGAAUCCAGUUGAAGUCCCGAAAUUUUUUUCGGAUUAAUUUGCAAUCGCUUAAAUUGCAAUUACUACUGCGAUGAUCAUAUCUUCCUUUAAAAAAGAGAAUGCAUUAUUUUCGAGCGAACAUGUGCGCGAAAGUUCCAAGGCAGAAUCAAUCUCGAAGCGAUUUAACUUAAAGGUAGUGUGAGGUAACUAUUAUGACGUAAACAAACUGAACAGCGCGCGUAUAGGUAAAAUCUUUGCUCGUUGGCCCUUAGCGUUAGCUAUAACUAGUAUAAGUUUGGGAGACGACUGGGGACACCGUGUAACUGAGACGUGGGACAAGAAAAAAAAAAAACUAAGAGUACAUCAUUUUUUAAAAAGGCUGAUUUCUUUUAUUUUGAAGGUCACUAUUGCGUUUCUUGUUCGGUGUUUUUGUACCAUGAUGGCAAAAAAUGAUUUUGCUGUUUGGCUGCAAAGGGUCCAUUUAAUAUGAGUAUUAAAUUCAAGUUACUAUUUUGUAAAGUUUGCUCUCAAAAAAGGAAAAAAAAUUCUCUUCACUUAAUUUAAGGAGAAACAACAGAUUUUCACGUUAAAUGUUGGGAGUCGAUAUAAAUGUUUUUGCAUUCUAUACACCUUUGGAUUAGUUAUCUAGCAUUUUAGCUAGAUUUCUUUUAUAGAUUUAUAUAUUUUGUUCUCUUUUGUUUCUUAGAUACAUAAAAAUUUGUGCAAUGGCUGGCUUUUGAGCAGACUCCAUAAAAACAAACCUUCAUGGAAAGCAAUAUUUGAUCGAGUUAGCAGAGAAAAUCCCAGGUAUAAUUUUCUGACACUUUCAUAUUCAGGCACUGAUGACACUGGAUCACUGUGCCGGCUUUUGCCUGCCAUGGCAGUUAACUAUAACCGGCUUAGUGCGGGCGCUGAGGAGUGUAUACUGUUUUGCUUCUGCACAAUUAGCGCGAGAAUUCAUGCCAGUUGUUAGAAUUCAAUAAGAACCCCAUUUAAGAACUGAAAAGGCUGGGCAAUGAGUCAGUACAUACUGUAUUGCGAGGGUGAGAAAAGUGCCACAGAGAACACGGGUUGUCAAUAUAACUUGAAGCAAAAUCACAGCGAGUUCAAAGAUGCGCCGUAAUUUUUGUUAACAACCGUAACGCAAAAUGACUGAUGUUACUGGGUUAGGAUGGCUCCCUGUUAAGGUUGAUUUCCAUUGACGCGUUUUUGGCUACGCACGUUAAUGCGGCCUAAAUUUUAAUCACGUAAAUAAAGUAGACGCAAGAUAAAAAGUGCUGAACUUAAACAAGAAAUUGAUCGAGGUUCAACUCUACGCUUACGAGCGACCCGUCAUGCAUUGCCUGUAUAUUACUUGCGGACGUAAAUUUUUCGCACGUACACACGCAAAAAUUACGCUACUCUGGAAAUCAACCCUUAGGGUGAGAACAGAAUUUCAUCUGCUAGCAACUCAUAGAGCCUUAUAUGAUACCCACUGGCCGAGCUAUUUAACUCUGGGGAGAAGCCAAACUACCAGAGAUCUACGCUAAAGUGCUAUACCGCAACUAGUCAUGCCUCUUGAAACAGGAACUUUUCAAGUUUCAGCCUCCAAGUUAUUCAACAGUCUGCUGCCAAUGACAUCAAACUUGAGACUAAUGCUAAAACAUUAUUUUGUGAGUAAAUUUUUUUAAUUCCGGCCGAAUCCCGGUUAGAUUAUUGUUUUUGACUUAUAUAUGUUCGUUUGACUUAUCGCUUUUAAGACUUAGUAAUAUAAAUUUUAUAUACCUACAUGUACUUUCAUUUUCUAUCCAUAUUACAAAUGUAUAUAUGUCAUUAGUUAGAUAGCCUUGCAAUGAAUGUAGAUCUAGAGCUACUCCGUCCGUAGAAAAAACAUCAUUAAACCGUUAUUAUUAUCAUUACCUUAUCAUAAUUAUUAUUAUUAUAUUAUUAUUUUUAUUAUUAUUAUGGAGAUUGGUAACAUGACUUCUAUUAUAAUUCUAAGCAGGAGCCCUGUUCUAAGUCAACUGAUAGCUAAGUUGGGUUUUCACUUUUUUAUUAUUACUAAUAUUGCCGUUAACAAUCUUCCUUUUUACUCUCGUUUUAGAACCAAAGUUGGCGUUUUUUAUUGCGGCAGUGAAAAAGUCACCCCGAUGUUAAAAAAGACUUGUCGGAGGCUCUACCCAACGGGGACAAGAUUCAUUUUUAAUAGAGAAAUUCUUACGUAA